CCCGGUCUCUUAAAGUGUUGAAGCCUUGCGCGGAUCAUCUCAUCCCUCUCGAUUCUUGACCGUGGAAAAACGGCCACGAGAAGGCGUAGGCGUGGGGAACAGGAGAAAGGGGGAAAAGAGAAGAGCAUAGGAACAGCAGCCCCUCUUAUUUCUUUCCAAGCUUCCGGUAAGACUCAUCCCUCCCGUUUUCUCCUCCAAAUCCCCUCGCAAUCCAAGAUUCCUUUCUCUGCUCUCGCCCAAAUCAAAUCGGUCAAGAUCAAGAAUCGCCAACCACCUCCGCUAAAAACCUCCGGCCUUCGCCAACCUCUUUCGUCCGCCUCCCACGCACGGGUCGGGAUCUCCUUCGACCAGCACCAGAAGAAAAAGAAGAAGAAGCAGCCGCCGGCGAAAGAGGAGGAGGAGGGAGGAGGAGGAGGCAGAGGGAGAGUCGCCGCAGCCGUCCCUCCAAUGACGGCCGUCACGAGGUGGGAGGGCGUCGACGAUAGGCUCGCCAAGAUGAUCACCGAGGCCAAUCUCGACCAGGCCCCCGAGCGCCGCAGGGUCCGGGAGGCCUUCAAGGACGUCCAGCUCGGCAUCGACCACUGCUUGUUCAAGGCACAGUAUAGUGGAGUGAUAAUGAAGGAGUCAUACGAGGUGAAUUCUAGAGGUUUGGAAAUCUUCUCCAAAAGUUGGCUUCCAGAAGGGUCUAAGAUGAAGGCACUGAUUUGUUUCUGUCAUGGUUAUGGAGACACGUGCACAUUUUUCUUUGAAGGGAUUGCAAAAAAGUUAGCAACAUCUGGAUAUGGAGUUUUUGCAUUGGACUACCCUGGAUUUGGUCUUUCAGAAGGACUUCAUGGAUAUAUACCAAGUUUUGAUACCCUGGUCAAUGAUGUAGCUGAGCAUUUCUCUAAAAUCAAAGAAAAUUCUGAAUAUCAAGGACUUCCAAGCUUUCUAUUUGGACAAUCCUUGGGUGGAGCAGUUGCACUGAAGGUACACUUAAAACAGCUUCAUGCGUGGGAUGGUGCAAUCCUGGUUGCACCAAUGUGCAAGAUGGCCGAAGAUGUUGUUCCAGCUUGGCCUAUUCAGCAAAUUUUGAUUUGUAUAGCUAAAAUUCUUCCAAAAGAGAAGUUGGUUCCUCAAAAAGAUUUAGCAGAAAUGGCAUUCAAAGAUAUAAAAAAGCGAGAACAGUGUUCUUACAAUGUCAUCGCCUACAAGGAUAAACCACGCCUGAGAACAGCACUGGAGUUGCUUAGGACCACCCAGGAGAUAGAACGCCGAUUAGAAGAAGUUUCCCUGCCACUGAUCAUUCUGCAUGGUGAGGCAGAUAUUGUAACUGAUCCAUCGGUGAGCAAAGCUUUGUAUGAGAAGGCAAGAAGCUUGGACAAGAAGCUGUGCCUUUACAAAGAUGCAUAUCAUUCUCUUCUUGAAGGUGAAUCUGAUGAGAUGAUAUUUAAAGUCCUCAAUGAUAUUAUAUCAUGGUUGGAUGAACACUCUGUCAGAAGGGUUUCUUCAUGAUCAGGUUUACUUUAAUUCUUCAUCUGUGCAAUAGUACUGGUAUGCGAUGUUAAUCCUUAAAGAUCAGGAUGCUAAUCUUUUAUGCUGCAGCACAUUGCUGCUGCAUCCAUCAGGAGCACUGAUCUAACUUGAUCAUUCUGUAUAUUAUAUAGUACCCUUGAUAUCUUAAAUUAAAUUUUGUGGACUAUUUCCUUGUUUCCUGUCAUAGGUAAGUAGUUCUUUUUUUUCUUGUUUUUGCUUUCCCUUUCUCCUAAAAUAAGGAUAAAUUUGAAAUAAACAAAAUUAGCCAUGUGAUCUG